AAAUCAGCUCCGGUUCAAAGAUGAGCUGUUUUACCGAUGCGGAAUUCGAAGAUGAUACCUAUAUACAUAUGCAUAUACGCUGAUAUACGCACUAUACGAUGUUGAUAUUGUCUUCCAGAACUGAAGGUUUUUUAACAAGCUUCAAAUAAAUACUCAAGUAAUUACGUAUGAUUGUGCAUUAAAAAUGUUGAGGGAAUUGAAAAAUAUUAUUAAACUUGAAAGAGUAGGUUUUACUUGUGUCAGAGAAUACAGUGGAAAGGUGUACAAAAGUAAUUAUCCAAGGAGAAUAUUUUCUGGAAUACAACCGACUGGAAAUGUGCAUUUGGGAAAUUAUUUUGGUGCCAUACAAAAGUGGGUACAACUUCAAAAUAACGGAGAAGAUGUUCUAUGGAGCAUUGUAGAUUUACAUUCUAUUACUUUACAAUAUGACCCUAAGAAAUUAUACGAUAACGUGUUGGAAAUGUGUGCAACAUUAUUGGCAUGUGGUAUAAACCCAGAAAAGAGUAUACUCUUUCAGCAAUCUACCGUUGCUAUGCACACUCAGUUAUGUUGGAUUUUGGGAUGCUUAACAACAUUGCCAAGAUUAGGACAUUUACCUCAAUUCAAAGAAAAAAGUAAAAUGCUAAAAAAUGUUCCAUUAGGUUUGUAUAUUUAUCCUGUUCUGCAAGCAGCUGAUAUAUUACUAUAUAGAGCGACUCACGUUCCCGUCGGGCAAGAUCAACUUCAACACAUUCAGUUAGCGCAAGAUUUAGCUGCUAUAUUUAACAAAAAGUUUGAAGAUGAUAUCUUUCCUAUCCCGCAUUCUUUGGUCAACGAGAAUGCAAGUGAACGAAUAAAGUCUUUACGAGAUCCUUUGAAAAAAAUGUCAAAAUCGAGUAUAGAUCCAAAGAGUAAAAUAGAUAUAUUAGAUGAGCCUGAUGUACUAUUAGAAAAGAUGAAAAAAGCAGUAACUGAUUGUACAUCAGAGAUAACUUAUGAACCUGAAAAACGAGCCGGUGUUGCAAAUUUGCUCGUCAUUCAUUCGUUGCUUACUGGAAAAACACCAGAGCAAAUAUGCUUAGAAGUUGAGGGAUUAGACACUGGAAAGUAUAAAUUGAUGCUGGCUGAUUUACUUAUACAAGAAUUAACUCCAAUUCGUGAAGAAUUUUCAAGACUUAUUAAAGAGCGAUUAUAUUUGCAAGAAAUUUUGAAAAGUGGUUCGAUCAAAGCAACCGAAGUUGCUAGCGAUUGCUGGAAUCAAGUUCGAAAAUGUGUUGGCUUUGAAAAUGAUAUUUUAUCUAUAAACGAGAAGGAAAUGGAAAACCUAAUACGCAAAAUAUAAUAGUAUAUUUGAAAUAAAAUUUACUUUUAAUUUUUA